CGUUUUACUUUCUUUAUUUCAUAAUCUUUUUGCCCUAUUUCUAGUUCUUUAUUUAUUUCUGUUUCAAUAUUUUUGAUUUCUUCAACCAAAAAAAAAAAAAACUUUUUGCUUUCGGUUUUUUCCGUUAUUACUAGAAAGAAUUAUCAUUUCUUGUAUUUAUUUUUAAUUUCUGUGUAUUUUAAUUAUUUUCAUUUGCUUUACUUCUCUUCUAUGUUUUUCAAACUUUUAAAAAGUUAAAAAAAAUGGUUGAUGCUGCCGGGAGUGUUGGGGGUGUGGUAAGUCCUGUCCUUCAAGUUGCCGAGUGGUUGGCUGCUCCGAUUUGCCGUCAAUUUAAGUACUUGUUCAACUACAAGUGCAACUUUGACAAUCUCCAAGAAGAAGUUGACAAGCUGAAGAAUACAAGAGACGAAGUUCAGCAUAAGGUUACUGAUGCUGAGAGAAAUGUGGAAGAGAUCAAACAGAAUGUUAAGGACUGGCAGAAAAAAGUGGAGAAGACCAUUACUGAAGCAGAGCAGUUGAUUCAAGCGAAAGCAAACAACCCUCGAUGUUUCAACGGAUUGUGCCGCAACUUCAUCACCAGCUACAAACAAAGCAAGAAAGCAUUCAAAUUAAAGCGGGAUGAUAUCGAUCCACUUCUUCGGCAAGAAAAGGAAUUGGGUCCUGUUUCCUAUCCCACCAAUCCACCGGAGAUCUGGCUUAGAUCUAGUGAAAAUUAUGUGGAUUUUGAAUCAAGAAACUCCACUGUGAAUAAUGUAUGGGAUGCUUUAAAUGAUGAGAAUGUGUACAUGAUUGGUGUUUACGGGAUGGGUGGUCUUGGGAAGACCACUCUUGUGCAGGAACUUGGUAGGAAAGCUAAGAAGGAAAAGGUCUUUGAGGAGAUUGUUUUUGUUGAGGUUUCAGAAAGUCCUGAUGUAAAAAAGAUUCAAACAACAAUUGCAGACAACUUGGGUGUGAAAUUCAAAAACGAAAGUGACAUGGCAAAGCAGGUGUAUUCAAGGAUGAAGGACAAGAAUAUCCUUCUAAUUCUAGAUAAUAUAUGGGAACCUCUAGAAUUUGAUAAUAUGAUAGGAAUUCCUCGCGAAAUUGAUCGUGGAAGAAAUAAACUUCUACUCACAACAAGAGAUUUAGAUGUGCUGGAGAAGAUGGGUUCCACAAAUAAUUUCACAAUGGGCAUUUUAAAUGAAGAAGAUGCUUGGAACCUAUUUGCCAAGAUGGCAGAUAUCUUUGCAGGUAACGUUAUCAAAACACAUAGAUUGCAUUCUCUACCAAAUGAUGUAUGCAAAGAAUGCGGGGGUUUACCUAUUAUCAUUUGUACAAUGGCAAAAGCAUUAAAAAACAAGAGUCAUCCAUCUGAUUGGAAGGUUGCGUUGCAAGAACUGAGAGCACCUUCUCCAACAAAGUUCACCGGAUUCCUAAAAAAGGAUUAUAUGAAGAUUGCCUUGAGUUACAAGUAUUUAAGAGAUGAUGAAUUAAAGGAAACUUUUUUAAUUGCCAGUUUAUUGGAAAAUAAUACUUCCAUAUCAGACUUGCUCAGACAUGUUAUGUGUUUGGAUAUACUUGAAGGAGCUAAUUUGACAAUUGAAGAUGCACGGAAUAGACUAGAUAAAUUGGUUCGCGACCUCAAAGAUGCUUGUUUGUUACUUGACGGAUUCAAAAGUGGACAAUUUGCUAUGCAUGAUAUUGUUCGUGAUGUUGCCAUAACAAUUGCAUAUGUAGAUCACAAUGUGUUUACAACGAGAAAUGACAUUGAACGAGAUUGGAAGGAUAGAGACAAACUUAGGAAAUGCACAAAAAUCUCCCUAGUUAGUAGUAGUAAUAUUAUUAAUCAACUUUGGCCUAACAAUUUGGAUUGUCCAAAUCUUGAAUACUUCUAUAUGACUAAUAUGUGCAACUCUUCUUUCGAAAUCCCAGAAGACUUCUUCACAGUGAUGCCAAAGCUUAGAGUGUUGAAUUUGGAUGGACUACAACAAUUGGCAUUACCAUCAUCAAUUGAUCUUUUGACAAACCUUCAAACAUUGUGUUUAUAUGGUAGCAAAAUUAAAGAUGUUGCUAUUAUUGGUAAGCUUAGGAAUCUAAAGGUCCUUAGCUUGCAACAUGCUUCUAUUAAGAAGUUGCCUACAGAAAUAGGUCAAUUGACUCAACUAAGGUUGUUAGAUUUGAGCUAUUGUGGGCAUUUGAAAGUUGUUGCUUCAAAUGUGAUAUCAAAAUUAUCCAAUUUGGAAGAACUUUUUUUAAAGGGAUGUCCUAUUCAGUGGAAGAUUGAAGUACUUGAGGAAUUGAAGCUCUUGUCUAGCCUUACUAGUUUAGAAUUGGAAAUUGAAGAUGACAAGGUUUUGCCUAAAGACUUCUUUUCCAAAGAGCUUAUAAGGUACAAAAUGUCAGUGGGAAAUUGGUUCGAACAUCCAAUAAUUGAUGAAGAUGAGUAUUUGAGGGUAUUGAAAUUGAAAUUCAAUCCUGCAUUCUACUUGGAAGAAUUAUAUGGAAUCAAGAAUGUGGAACUCUUAGGCUUAUCCCAAUAUUUAGAUGAUGAGGACAAGGACGAUCUUGAGCAUUCAAAAUUCAAUUUGCAAUCCAAUGAAAUCACAUUGCUUUUUAAUAAAGAGGUUAUCUUUCCUGAUUUAAUGGUCUUGAUACUGAAGGAUAUUAUUUCUAGAAAGUUUUGGCACAACCAACUUCCAACUUCCUUCUUUCAAAAUUUGAAACAAUUGAUAUUGUGGAGAUGUACAAAGAUAAAAUAUGUGUUUCCUUCUACUAUUGCCAAAAGCCUCCAGCAACUCCAAUACUUCGAGAUAAUGGAUUGUAUUGUUUUAGAAGGAAUUGUUGCUACAGAAGAAGGAACAGAAGCAACUGUCAAUUUUUUCUUUCCGCAGGUAGCUAAAUUGAAGCUUCAUUUUCUACCAGAGUUUACAGAUUUCUCUCCUGUAAUACAUCCUUCAACAUGGCCAAAAUUGAAAGAGUUGGUGGUGAUACGUUGUCAUAAAUUUAAGAUGCUUUUAUCAGAGCCAAUAUCCCUGUGCUUGGACCAACAGAUCAACCAUGAUUUGAAGAUAUUUCUAUUAACGGAUGGUUUGCAAGAGAUUGGUUGGCGGAGUCAAUCUAAAGAUAAAGAUCUUAAAAUCUCCAAUUAUGAGUCAGCACAUAUUCCAUUUGGGCUCUUUCCAAGAUUUGAAAAUCUUACAUUUCUUUAUGUUGACCGUUGUCAUGAGUUCGUUAACUUAACAACACCUUCAAUAGCUAGAAGCUUGGUGCAGUUGAGAGAAUUGAAAGUAUCAUAUUGUCAAAUGCUAAUGGAAAUAUUAGAAAUUGAGGAAGAUGCAACAACUGAAAUUGUUUUUGAGAGUUUAAGUAAGCUAUCAUUUGAAUGGAUAGAAAGUCUUACAUGCUUCUGCUCAGGGAAUUACACUUUCAAUUUCCCAUCAUUGGAGGAGUUGAAUAUAACAAAAUGUCCUCAUAUGAAGACCUUCUGUAGAGGAAUCUUGUGCACUCCAAAGUUACAAAAAAUCAAUUAUGACAAAAUGAAAGUAGAGAAUAAGGGGAAUGAUCUUAAUAAAACCAUUCAAGGAUUAUAUAAAAGGAAAAACCAGAACAUCUCCCUUGAUUUGAAGUUGUUGACAUUGAAAGAUGUUAAUUCUACAAAGAUUUGCUACAAUAAACAUCCAACUUCCUUGUAUCAAAAUUUGACACACUUGUUCUUGUGGAAUUGUGGAAACAUAAAAUAUGCGUUUCCAUCUUCCAUUGCCAAAAGCCUCCACCAACUCCAACAGCUAAAAAUACGAAAUUGCAAGGUUUUGGAGGAAAUUGUUGCAAAAGAAGAAGAAGCAAAUGCAGUUGUCCAUUUUGUCUUUCCAAAUAUAACCUUAUUGAAACUUCAAGAUCUACCAGAACUUAUAGCCUUCUACCCUGGAAUAUACACUAUAGAAAUGCCAAAGUUGAAAGAGUUGGAGGUGAAACGUUGUACCAAAUACUUGAGCUUCAAAGAAAACAAGAUGGAUACUGAGUGUGACAUUUUAGAUCCAGAAUCUAUCUUCUUGAACAAUGUGAUUAACUUCAAUUUGGAGAUAUUUGACUUAUAUGAUCAUGAGAGAAAUAUUAGUUGGCAAAGUCAAUCUAAAACUUUUGCAAUCAAUCGGGAUACCUCAGCAAAUUUUCCACUUCGACUCCUUCAAAAAUUUGAAAAUGUGAGAGAGCUUCGGCUAUUUUGCAGUGGUUACAGAGACAUUAAGAGCGUGUGUGAUCUCCCAAAUCUUGAAGUUCUAGAUGUAUGGUGCUGUGAGGGAUUGAUGAGUCUAGUGUCAUGCUUAGCUUCUUUCCAGAAUCUUAAAGUUUUGAGGGUAAAUUUAUGCGGCAGAUUAAUGAAGUUGAUUACACCUUUAGAGAUUAGAAGUUUGGUACAGCUGAGAGAACUGAGUAUAUCAAGUUGUGAAAUAUUGACUGAAAUAGUGGAAAAUGAAGGAGAUGGAACAACGAAUACUAAAAUUGUUUUUAACAAUUUGAACAAGUUGUCAUUUAAACAGUUAAAAAGUCUCACAUGUUUUUGCUUUGGGAAUUACUCCUUUAGCUUUCCAUCAUUGGAAGAGUUAAUUAUAGAAGAUUGCCCCAAUUUGGGGAUUUUUUGUCAAGGAAGCUUAUGCACACCAAAGUUAGACAAAGUCAUUUACAAGUUUAAAGAUGAGAAUGACGGAGAGGUAGAGAUCGGGGAUAAUGACUUGAAUACAACUAUACAACAAGAAUACAAAAAACAGAAUGAGAAAGAUUUCCGUCCCGAUGGUAGCAAACUGCAAAAGUCAAAUGGUGAUCAAGGAGCAAGUCGAAUGGACGAUUCUUAGACAUAAACGAAGUAUUGUCAGGAGGAGGACAAGAGGACUAGGACCUGAUGACGAGUAUAGAAGAUGAGGAAGAAAGCAGCAGUAGAUGUCCUCCGAGGAAGAAGCUCUGUCUCUCCAAAGAAUAAACUCGUCUUCUCAAAGAAAGUUUCAGGCAAAACCAUACCCUGUUAUAACUUCACCCUUUCUCUUUUUUUCCUUUCUUUCUUUAACUCAUAAAACACCCUCUCUUUACAAUAAAUGUUCUGCUUUUAACUUCUUGAUUUCCUAAUUUACUCAGUUCUGCUUCUGUUCUCUUCAGCUAUUUUACUUCUCUAUAGUAUUUGUGUGCUAUCUUAGUUUAAUUUCCUAAUAUACUCAAUUUUGUCUCUGUUUUCUUCACGGGUAAUAGGGGAAACGUUUCCUUCAAUGGUCACUGGUUGGAUGAGUUUGUUCCCCUGAAAACGUCAGCUUAUAUAAGCCAAGAUCUGCAUAUUGCUGUGAUGACAGAGGGAAACACUUGAAUUUGCAGCCCAAUGUCUUGGUGUUGGAAACUGAGGAAAUAUGAUGAUGAAAGUCAGUAAAAGAGAGAAGACAGGCACUGUUCCGGAUCCAGAUGUAGAUACUUACACAAAGGUAUCUUCAGCAUACUUAUCUUGUUUAUAUCAGAUGUAUUGUUGUAUAUGCAGUUGCUACAUGUAUGAAAUAUUCAUGACAUGGACAUGUGAUACUACAUCAUUGGGUACAGUCCUGAGGUCGAGAGGUAAGUUUUAAUUGCAAUGGCUGUGUGUACAAGCACAUUGUAUCCUUUCAUACAUAAAUACCUUUUUAUUUAAUUUCAUCUUAUUUAUCGAUUCGUUAUGUUGCAACAACUGUUUUUUGAUAAUCAGUGCACCAAUAUCGAAUGCUUAUCAUCAAGUAUUCUCCAAAAUGACAGUAUACUGAAUUCUUAGGAUUAGCUUUGUAAAUUUUUUAUAGCAACGUAAAAGAAGGUGAUUACAUACUCAGGAUAUAAAUUCCUAAACAAUAUGUUUAAAAUCCCUUUUUAAAUCAUUUAAAAGUGGUGGCUGCAGAAAGCUUCUCACUUUCUGGUGGCUGAGGUUCUGAUGUCUAAUUGAUUGUUGUGAUUUUAGGUUCUUCUGUCAGUUCAUUCUACUUUUUGUAGUGCACCUUGCCUUUAUAUCCAUGUUACGGUUGUUGGCACCCGUCUGCCAGACUCUGGCUGCUGCUAUGAUAGCUGGUGUUUUUGCAUUAUACUAGUCCUAAUUUUUUGUGGUUUCGUUAUCACACAGACUAUUUGGACCUUAUCCAAUUUGAUAUCAAAAUCAUCUUCGAAAAGGAUAAACUUGUGCUAUUUCAUUGGUUGCAACCUUCAUGCCAGGGUGGUUGAAGUAGGGUUUUCAGGUUUCUCCUCCUUCAUAUGGAGAGAUAGGCCUUUCAGUAAAUGAAUGUUUCGCUCCUCAGUGGCAAAAGCAUUGGGCGCCUUGUUUGGCUUGGCUUUACUUUUCAACAUUGGCUUUAUCUUGACCUUGAGUUUGUUGAAGCGUAAGUUCAUCCUGUUAUCAUAUAUUAACUUAAGAAGAAACAAUGCUACCCAAGUUUGUUCACCCAGUAAAAUUCAAAUGCAGCCCCCUGAUCAUCUUGUGUGAUGAUUUUGCAAGAAAAGUUGGACAAGAUUCAAGGAAGUCAAGAUUCCGUUCAUGGUAAACUUGUGAAAGAAAAGUCUAGGAAUACUCCCACGAAGGAGAAGAAGAAAUUCCCAACUGCUUUCUGAUAUUCUGCUGGAUUAAGGCCUGGUGUGCUUACAGCAUUGAUGGGUGUUAGUGAAGCUGGAAAAUCUACUCUUCUAAGUUUUGGCCAUACGAUGUUGUGUUGAUAACAAACUUGUUCUUCUUGCUUUAAUCUCUCGUGAAUCAAUCAGUAAGGGUUUGUUAGUACUGAGUACUCUCUGCUCAUUCUCCUGGAAAACUGAAUUGAGUAAUCUGUGUUUGUUUGUUUGAUUGAUUGAUUUUCAAAAGCCUGGAUUUAGAGUGACAUGGAUUACCCAGAGAAUGUAUAUAAACAAAUGAAAGCUCUUUUCUUUUAUUCAGUCAAUGAAAACUCUUGAACAUUUUCAUAACA